GUUAUCCUCCUCUUCCUCUCUAUCCCUCAUUUAGAACUUGGGUAACAGUUGAAAUCUCCCUCUUUCAGUCCUUUCAUCUUAGCUCUUCCUAACUCAAAUCUUCUUUUGAUGCUUUCUUAGCUUCUUCCUCUAAAUGUCUCAUCAUCAUCACUAUGAAACCAACCCUCAUUUCGCGCGCCUUCCAUUUCAGAAUCAACACCUCAAAGGUGGUGGUGCCUCUACCUCACAAACACCCCCGCAUCAAACCUCAAAAUCUCACCCCAAAACUGCACCAGGAAUCCAAAUCAAGCCUCGUGAUCGCCACGGUAAACGACCAGUCCACGAACCUCCUCAUGCCGUGAUACCUGUACCACUAAGACCAGAAGAGAGACUACCACCACGGGAUGCUCCAAACUCUUCCAAAAUACCAGUACUAUCAAGCCCCGAAGAGAAACGACCACCACGGAUCAAUCCAAACUCUGAUAAAAGACCGCUACUAUUAAGCCCUGAAGGUCAUCAACGAUCUCCACCACCACAACAACCACAAGCACCACGCGGUUAUGCAACAUCAUUACCUCCAAUAGCCAAACCAACUCCAUGGAGAAACGCUCCAACACCAUCACCGCAUCGCCGUGGUGGCCACCGGACGCCACCGCCUUCAAGAGACCAAACAAACACAGCCACAUGGUCAGCCGCAUUCUGCUGUGCCAUUUUCUGGAUCAUUCUUAUCCUCAGCGGUCUAGUCGUCCUAAUCGUCUACCUAGUGUACCGUCCACGCUCUCCUCACAUCGACAUCUCAGCCGCUAACUUAAACGCCGCUUAUCUCGACAUGGGGUUUCUUCUAAACGGAGACCUAACCAUGUUAGCAAACUUCACAAACCCAAACAAGAAAAGCAGUGUAGAGUUCAGCUCUUUGACGUUCGAGCUUUACUACUACAACACUCUUAUAGCGUCUCAGUACGUUGAGCCUUUCAAGGUUCCUAAGAAAAUGUCCAUGUUUGCGAACGUUCAUCUCGUGAGCAGUCAGGUUCAGCUCGAGCCAACGCAGAGCCGGGAGCUGCAGCGUCAGAUUGAAACCGGUCCGGUUUUGUUGAACGUAAGAGGAACGUUUCAUGCACGUUCGAACUUAGGGGCGUUGUUUAGGUACUCGUAUUGGUUACAUACUCAUUGCAGCUUUUCUUUGAAUAGUCCUCCUUCAGGAGCUAUGCGUGCUAGAAGAUGCAGUACCAAACGCUGACGUAUUGCUAUUUUCUUUUGCUCUAUUUUUUUCUACACAUUCGGAAAAUAAUUGAUUUUCUGUACUCAUUGAUAACUCUUAUCAGAUUUGUUUAAAUAUUUGAUUUUAUGUGCGUUACUAAUUUUACAAAGUAUAGAAUUAAUGUUCUAA